AAUGGCUGCGCCCAUGUGGAGAUGGGCGGCUGUUUGCGGAGUAUAUUUAAUAGCAUUUUUCUGGGCUAUUCCUGUCUUGAUGCGGACAUUUUAUAUAGCGAUAAGGAAGCCUAAACAGUUUUUUAGUCGUAAGAAAAGAGACAUUAGGCCCGCUUGUCUGGAUGAUCCCAAACUGGGUGCUCACGGAUUCGUUAGAUUAAACUCGGAGUCAGAGGGUAUCAAGAUGCAUUAUGUUGCAAAUGGAGGGGAGAAUAUGCCCCUGAUGCUUCUCUUGCAUGGGUUUCCAGAAUUUUGGUAUUCUUGGAGGCAUCAAUUAAAGAUAUUCUGUCAGAAUUACAGAGUUGUUGCUGUUGAUACACGAGGAUGUGGAGAAAGCGAACAACCAAAAGGAAUUUACAGCUAUGACUUGAAAAAGCUGAGAGAUGACAUCAAAGAAUUAAUAUUAUCUUUUGGUUACAAUUCCUGCAUACUGGUAGGACAUGACUGGGGAGGAGCUAUGGCAUGGGCGGUGGCUGGCAAGUAUCCUGAACUGGUGGAUAAACUAAUCAUUAUGAACUGCCCACACCCAGCUGUAAUGGGACCUUAUUUGAAGACUCACUACAAACAGAUGCUUAAGUCUUGGUACAUGUUCUUUUUCUGCCUGCCUUAUUUACCAGAAUGGCUCUUUCUCAGCGGGGAUCUAAAGAUGAUUGAAAAUACUUUCUGUGGGAAGGUAAUGGGAGCCAAACCUGGAGCUUUCACCCCAGAAGACAUAGAGGCUUUUAAGUACACAUUUUCUAGACCAGGUACUGUUACCUGUGCCAUGAACUAUAUCCGUGCAGCCAUACUGGGUAAAAUAGCAAGUGGAGGUUAUGGCAAACCAAAGGCUUUAAUUCAGGCCCCCACCUUAGUUAUCUGGGGCACUAACGAUGGUGCACUGCAGAGUGAGAUGGCAGAAUUGUCUGGUAAACACUGCAGGGAUUUUACUCUAAAGUUCAUAGAGGGAGCCAGUCAUUGGGUACAACAAGAUGAGCCAGACAUAGUAAAUCAGCACAUCACUGCUUUUCUUGCCAAAUAAGCAAAUGUGAUUUCAGUUGGGGGAAAAAAAACAGAAACAGACAUGAAACAUUGCCAUUUUUAAUUUGACCAGAAAUAUUCUUCAGUCACUGGGUACAAGAUGAGCCAGACAGUUAAUCAGCACAUCAUUGCUUUUCUUGCCAAAUAAGCAAAUGUGAUUCAAUUUGAGAAAAAAAAGACCCAAACAAUUAUGAAA